GGCUCCGUCCGCUAGAUGGCAGUGGAGCUACGAUUUCCAAGUAGAAGAAGAUGCAACAUGAUGAUGAUGGUCUCUGACGACGGCGACGGGGUUAUUCCAUGCGCUUGUAAAGGCAUCCGACGCUGUCUUGUCUGUGAAACGUUUAAGGCGAGUGUACAGCUUGAAACAAGAGAGUCAAAGAUUGUGCAUCAUUUCCUCUAUAAUGCCAAGACGGGGCUCGCUGUCAGCGAAGAUGAAGAGGGCUCUUCCUUCCCUUUUUCUGGAGUCUUCCUGUGGGAGAACUUUAUAUCAGAGGAGGAGGAGAGGGAGCUGAUUAGCGUAAUGGACCAGGAUGUGUGGCAUCCCUCACAGUCUGGCCGAAGGAAACAGGACUUUGGCCCUAAAGUAAACUUCAAGAAGAGAAAAGUGCGCAUCGCAGACUUUACUGGACUUCCUGCUUUAAGCCAAAAACUGGUGCUGCGUAUGCAGCAAGAUGCAAAUCUUGCGGGCUUUCAACCAGUGGAGCAGUGCAAUCUGGAUUACGCUCCGGAGAGAGGCUCAGCCAUUGAUCCGCACCUGGAUGACUCCUGGUUGUGGGGGGAGCGGCUGGUCACCAUCAACAUGUUAUCAGAAACUGUGCUCACCAUGUCUCUUGAGCAGGGUCUGCCAGAGUUGGGACUUUCAGAGGAAGUCCAGGUUGCUGUACGACUUCCUCGCAGGUGUUUAGUUGUGUUAUACGGCGAGGCGAGGCAUAGGUGGAAACAUGCAAUUCAUAGGAAGGAUAUUCAUGAACGCAGGGUCUGCAGCACAUACAGAGAGCUGUCUGCAGAGUUCCUCCUUGGAGGGAAGCAGGCGAAGCUGGGAGCUGAACUGUUGACUACUGCUUUAAGCUUCGGAGGAACUCCAAUAUAAACAGAGGCAGAAAAAGCUGGACAAAGUAGGCGUGAAGUGUCUUAGUCUGAAAUUGUGCCACAUCAAAGGACUAAUUAUAACUGGAGUUUUCAACUUAUGUUUUAACGGUAAAGCAUUAUUGUCACCGAACAGCAACUCCACCAUUCUGUUAGGACAGCAGGACGAUGAGUUUAUAAUAAAGCACCAGCACUGUGUGAUCUCCAGUAUCAGUGUGGCUGUGAGUUAUUUGAGGCCUGCUGCGUGCGGGUUUCUAGAAUAAACACCAAGGCGUGACAACUACAUCACCAAGCGAAGUUCUACACAAUGUAACGUUAUGAACAAAUAUGGAAUGUUUUCUCCCAAAUAAAUAUCUUUUUAAGUCUGUGCUUUAA